AGAGGUUGAAAGUUGUUUUGAAGAUGCUGACCUGGUUGGAUAUUGCGAUUCUCAUAUUCUCCGCGCAGGUGGCUCUUGCGGGCGAUGCUGUAAAGGCAGUGACCGCUUCAAAAGGGCUCUGGUGGAGAUCGUUCAGUAACAACACUGAAUUGAAUGCUAACACAGUUCCUCACAAUCAGCCCAACUCCCUUUCGUCUACCAUUGGGAAGACGAGUUCGAGCUGGCUUGGAAACUCUACCAUUAAAGAAGUAUGUGCUUCUUCUUACUUUAAGAAGACCGCAAGAAAUUAUCUUGCAUCAGACUUUGGGGAAUUCUACAAGAGCUGGGCUCGAUCGGCCCAGACGCAACCACACAAACUGAACAAACUUGGUGAAGCGGGCUACUUUGCAUUUAGCCAGGUUCGUGGGUGGGUAGGGUUUGAGUGCGGAAUUGAACACAGAGGAUGCGUAAAUAUGCCAACAUGUGAGGAUAUUCUUCUUGCAACUGAGAGCAAAGAUCUUGCACGCAAAAUUUAUUUCACGGUGGAAUCGAUGGACAACGCCUAUUAUUAUGCUGGAGAGUUUAAGCAAGCAAUAACUACAUCUCGCGUCGACAUCGCUGAAAUUAGUUUGCUUGAACGGAAAGUUAUCCCGCAUCACCAGAAUGAAUAUGUGGCAUGUUUCGUUCUCAAGUCCACUAUUGACAGCAUUAUUGAGCUUGCCGGACGGGUAGCACUGGAAGUACUUGAUCCGCCUACGCAAGUGAUUGGGCAAGCAUAUACUCGGUAUUUGUUGCCAAUGAAGAAUUAUCAUCGGUCAGGGAAGCACCUCAGUAUCCAUAACUAUAAGGUAGAUUAUCAGUAUGUGCGACUGUCUUCCCUGGAUACGAACCUGGAGACAAUUGAGAACCCAUGGUAUGACUGGCCACCAUAUUAUCUUGGUCCUUCAUUUCGGAACCAUACUUGCGCAGACGUUGUACCGAAUCCAAAAGGAGAAGUCUACGUCUCUUACGCCCGUUUUCGCGCCAUGAUUCUCCGAAUACAUGAUUUAGCGAUAAACGAGGUUCAGAAGCGAAUGAUAGAUGUUAAAAAUGGGUUAGGCUUUGGCAUGAACGGUAAAAUGGAAGGAGAUGACUAUACCGUGCUCGCAGAUCUUAUCAGCACCGGAAUCUUCUUAAAGCGCAAACCUUCUGAUGACGAGACACGAUUCAGGCUGAAGGACUAUUACCGCUCCAAACUCACGUACAAUCUUCUCGCUGGAAGCUGGCGCGCACACAAUUGCUAUAUCACUUGCGAAUACGACACCACAUGUGUGCACAAGGGACCCUUAGAACCCAUGGCUUUGUCGAGAUUUUGCCAUUCACCAAGUGAGAAAUGCCAAGCUCAAUGCUGGGGACAUCGUCGGCGCUCUAAGAAUGAGAUAUUGCCCGGAAUACCCGCAGUUGAGGCAGAGCCAUGGUUCGUCAACGCUACAAAGUUACUCGUGUAUGCUCGUGAUCAUUACGAAGCUACGCAUAAUCGGGAGCUCGAAGUUUCCAACCAGAAGAUAUUCACACCGAGUGAUUUUCCAAUGCGGCCAAACUACCCGAUCCCUGUUUGCAGGACGCCCUUUCAGCUGGUCGGCGAUGUCACUGUGCGCCGUCAUCGCAAGGACUUUCCUUGCACAUGCGGCUUUCUCGGCAACGAGAGCACACAAGUAUUCGAAGCCAUGGGUGUACCCUGGUCUAAAAGUGCACAGCGGCGCUUGAUCAAGAAAUGUCCUGCGAAGCUCGAAAAGAUGAUCAAGGGACCCGCCGAAUUCUUUGUGGCGAUGUGCAACGCCAAGCUUCGAUGGCCAGAUCAGAGCGAGACCAAGCACAUUAAAAAGGGCAGAGACCAUCAAUGCGGCCCCAUCAUAAAUGAAGUAGAUCAGUUGCUCGCCGCAGGUCGAAAUAUGUCAGAGAUCAACAAGUACUUUUGUCUCCAAAGCAAAGUCGGGAAUGAAAUCCAGGGCGAUGGAAAUCACGAUUGGUUAGGCAUGGACCACGUCAAAGGCUUCACUGAAAAGUGUCAGUGGUAUUGGACACAUCGAAAGCCUGGUGAUGCAUGGUGGAGUAGGGAAUCCGGUCCAAUUUAGGCAUUUUCCCAUCUGUCUCGGAUUCUUAUUGUGAGUUUGCGUAUGGGCAUGAAAGGGAUACAAAAGGGAUAAAUGACGACAAUUGAUGGGAGUUGGGUAUUUUUAUUUUUAUUUGAUUUCAUUUGAUUUUAGAUCAAGUUUGGGUUCUAAUUGGGUUAUUACCUCUCCGGGAUGGAUCAGGAGGAAAAGGGAAAAAAGUGGUCAGAGACCUUUAGAAAAAGGGUAUGCUUGGAAAAUUUGAUGAUAUUGUGUGUAUAUUCGUGGAGUUACUCAUUAGAGGAUUCAUUGAGUUAAGAUAGUAAUGACUAGACAAAAAUGGGACUAACAUGCCACCUCC